CACGCUGCAUGGUCACACGAUCCGUUCGGCUAACUAAACCUAGGCCGCCGCAAUGGAGAUCCCGUUCCGCUGCCUUGCUCUCGCAAUGUGUAUCGCCAUCGUUUCUGGCUUAAAUGAAAAUGCUGUACAGAGUGAAAAUGGAGAAAGAGGAAUCUCUGGCGUGACUAUUGGCAGCAAUGGAAAUGGUGUACUAGGUGGAGAUUUAAACUUUUUACCAGGUUCUGGCCUUGGAUCUGGGAAUAGUGCAGCAUCAGGCACAACGGGAAACGAAUUACCUAAUAGAAGCAACCGUAUCGGCCAUCCUGGCUCUCUUCCAUGGAAUAUUACAACAAUAGGGAAGAAACCGAAGAGAUGCAAGGAACUACCAGAGAAAGGCCACUGCCGUGCAUUCAUGCCGACUUGGUAUUUCGACUUUAGACUACAGCUAUGCAGGAUAUUUAUCUAUGGGGGAUGCGGGGGCAACGACAACCAAUUCAGUAGCGAAAAAAAGUGUCAGGAGGUCUGUCUACCUGAAAAAAAGCCAAAACUGGUCUGCGGCUUAGAGCCACGAUCCGGGAGGACCAAAGUCUUUUGCAGACGAUGGCACUUCGACGCUAAUUUCGGCACUUGCAGUCUUUUCCCGAACCACCAAUGUGCGAACAAUGCGAACGGCUUCUACACAUGCAGACUCUGUAUGAAAAGAUGCAGCAUUCUCAAAGCCACCGAAGUAUGCCAAUUAGCCCGUCAGUCGACUGCAGCGCCAAGAAUGCAGCAACAGCAAAGUGGAAACCACACCUCACCUACCAUCCUUUAGCAGAUACUAAUGCGGAAUAAUAAACAUUAUGC